UAGCACAGCAGGCUUCCGGCCUGGGUCUCUUCCCUGCUGGGGCCUGUGCUGCCGCUGGCACAUCCAGAACCAGCUGUCUGUCGGCGUUGGGGACCAGAGACAUCAGGUGGCCUAUUUACAACCAUCUGCACAGGGACUGAGACCCAGAGAGGGAAAGCUCCUUGCUGGGGUCACACAGCUCUAGAACCCAGACAGUGCAGGCUCUACGAGGCGCAGGGGUACCCUGCGCGCGGCUGCGGUGGUGAUGCCCGACCCUGCGGCGCACCUGCCCUUCUUCUACGGCAGCAUCUCGCGCUCCGAGGCUGAGGACCACCUGAAGCUGGCGGGCAUGGCCGACGGGCUCUUCCUGCUGCGCCAGUGCCUGCGCUCGCUGGGCGGCUACGUGCUGUCGCUGGUGCACGACGUGCGCAUCCACCACUUCCCCGUGGAGCGCCAGCUCAACGGCACCUACGCCAUCGCGGGCGGCAAGGCGCACUGCGGGCCCGCUGAGCUCUGCGAGUUCUACUCGCGCGACCCCGACGGGCUGCCCUGCAACCUGCGCAAGCCGUGCAACCGGCCGCCGGGCCUCGAGCCCCAGCCGGGGGUCUUCGACUCUCUUCGCGACGCCAUGGUGCGCGACUACGUGCGCCAAACGUGGAAGCUGGAGGGUGAGGCACUGGAGCAGGCCAUCGUCAGCCAGGCCCCCCAGGUGGAGAAGCUCAUCGCCACCACGGCCCACGAGCGGAUGCCCUGGUACCACAGCGAUCUGACGAGAGAAGAGGCCGAGCGCAAACUCUACUCGGGCGCUCAGACGGACGGCAAGUUCCUGCUGAGGCCCCGGAAGGAGCAGGGCACGUAUGCGCUGUCCCUGAUCUACGGGAAAACCGUGUACCACUACCUCAUCAGCCAGGACAAGGCCGGCAAGUACUGCAUUCCCGAGGGGACCAAGUUUGACACUCUCUGGCAGCUGGUAGAGUACCUGAAGCUGAAAGCCGACGGCCUCAUCUACUGCCUCAAGGAGGCCUGUCCCAAUUCCAGUGCCUGCGCCACCUCAGGGGCCGCUGCUCCCACUCUCCCAGCCCACCCAUCCACGCUCACCCACAGACGGACUGACACCCUCAACUCAGAUGGCUACACCCCCGAGCCAGCACGCCCAGUGUCCCCGGAGAAAACGCGGCCACUGCCCAUGGACACGAGUGUGUAUGAGAGCCCCUACAGCGACCCCGAGGAGCUCAAGGACAAGAAGCUCUUCCUGAAGCGCGAGAACCUCAUCAUGGCUGACCUCGAACUCGGCUCCGGCAACUUCGGUUCAGUCCGCCAGGGCGUCUACCGCAUGCGCAAGAAGCAGAUCGACGUGGCCAUUAAGGUGUUGAAGCAGAGCACGGAGAAGGCGGACAAGGACGAGAUGAUGCGGGAGGCGCAGAUCAUGCACCAGCUGGACAACCCCUACAUCGUGCGGCUCAUCGGCGUCUGCCAGGCCGAGGCCCUCAUGCUGGUCAUGGAGCUGGCGGGCAGCGGGCCCCUGCACAAGUUCCUGGUUGGAAAGAGGGAGGAGGUCCCUGUCAGCAAUGUGGCUGAGCUGCUGCACCAGGUGACCAUGGGGAUGAAAUAUCUGGAGGAGAAGAACUUCGUGCAUCGUGACCUUGCGGCCCGCAACGUCCUGCUGGUCAACCGGCACUACGCCAAGAUCAGCGACUUCGGCCUCUCCAAGGCGCUGGGUGCCGACGACAGCUACUACACUGCUCGCUCAGCGGGGAAGUGGCCGCUCAAGUGGUACGCGCCCGAGUGCAUCAACUUCCGCAAGUUCUCCAGCCGCAGCGAUGUCUGGAGCUUUGGGGUCACCAUGUGGGAGGCCUUCUCCUAUGGACAGAAGCCCUACAAGAAGAUGAAGGGCCCCGAGGUCAUCACCUUCAUCGAGCAGGGCAAGCGGAUGGAGUGCCCGGCAGAGUGUCCGCCCGAGAUGUACACGCUCAUGAGAGAAUGCUGGACGUACAAGUGGGAGGACCGCCCCGACUUUGUGACCGUGGAGCAGCGCAUGCGAGCCUACUAUUACAGCUUGGCGAGCAAGACCGAGGGGCCCGAGGGCUGCGGGCAGGGGGCUGAGGCUGUGCGUGCCUGAGCUCCAGCCUGCCCCAGGGCCUCAGACCCCUGCCUCGGACCCACAUGCCCCAGCUUUGUCUCCUCCGCCUGCCCCCAGCCCCAUCUCAUGACCUGCAGUCUGGCUGGGGCUGGCUCAGUUCCUCUCCCCUCCCCAGCUGGGUCGUGGUAAGAGAGCAUCUGAGGCCUCAGGCCCCCACCAGUCUAGCAUCCCCCUGCUGGCUAUCUGUCCUCUCUACUGGGGAUUUGGAGAAAGGAAGACCCUGGGAGGGUGGGGAUCUCUGGAGCUGAGGGGGUAUUGCUUCCCCUAAGGACCCUCCCAGGGCUUUGAACCAGCUCACUCUGGUUCAAACCCCUGCUGAGAAUUUGCAUUUCUAAGUUCCCAGGAAGUUAUACAUAAGAAUCACCUGGGGAUCUUGUUAAACUGUUGAGUGUGAUUCAGUACAUCUGGGGUGGAAAUACAGAUUCUCAGCAGGGAACUUGUUAGAGAUGCAAAUUCUCAGCAAGGGUUUGAACUGGAACAAACCAGUUGGAAGCCCUGGACCCUCCUUCUCUGGGCUUUGAC